CGGUGCAGGGGAGGGGGGCGGGGGGCGGCUCGGCGGCGGGUCUGCGGGCCCCAUGGGCGGGUGUGUGGGCUCCCACCACGACUCCUCGGGCAGCCUCAACGAGAACUCGGACGGUACCGGAGUGGCUCUGGGUCGUAACCAACCCCUGAAGAAAGAGAAACCCAAAUGGAAGAGCGAUUACCCCAUGACUGACGGGCAGCUCCGCAGUAAAAGGGAUGAAUUUUGGGACACAGCCCCAGCUUUUGAGGGCAGGAAGGAAAUUUGGGAUGCCCUCAAAGCUGCUGCCCACGCCUUCGAGAGCAACGACCACGAGCUGGCCCAGGCAAUCAUUGAUGGUGCAAACAUCACCCUGCCCCACGGCUCUCUCACCGAAUGUUACGACGAGCUCGGCAACCGCUACCAGCUGCCCGUGUACUGCCUGGCUCCCCCCAUCAACAUGAUCGAGGAGAAGGGAGACCUGGAGAGCCUGGAUAUCCCGGAUCCCCCUCCCAACUGCGGCCACGAGUGCCAGCUCCGCCUGCGCCUGUCCACGGGCAGGGACCUGAAGCUGCAGGUGCGCAGCAUGGACACCGUGUACCACAUGAAACGGAGGCUGCACGCCGUGGAGGGAGUGGAGCCGGCCAGCCAACGUUGGUUCUUCUCUGGGAGACCUUUGGCAGAUAAAAUGAAACUGGAGGAGUUGAAAAUCCCUAAGGAUUACGUGGUGCAAGUCAUCGUGAGCCAGCCUUUAGCAAAUCCCACCCCGGUGGAA